AUGACUAUACUUACUGACAAGACCCAAACCCACAUCAAGUUAUCCACUCAUCUGAGACUAACACAACUUCAUCCGAAACCUGUGCCAUGUAGAGGUCCAUGGUUACCUACCAGGCCUUAUCGACCUGUCCAGCAUUCCAAUGUUGUCAGAAGUCGAUAUGGUGGUGAUGAAGGUCGAAAGGAUGGGUAUGCCAAAGUACCUGAUUCGAACAAGCCAGAAAGCAAGUGUUGUCGGGACGACACUCCCUUUGCACAGAUGAUGAUGAAGUGA